GAUACUUGAAUUGAAUUUGGUUUGACGGAAAAAAAUACAAACAGUACAAAUCAAGGAACAUAUUUACGUACAAAAUACAGAAACAUUUAUGUUAGAAAAUAUAAACUUUUUGAAUAAAAUAUAAAUAAUGUCUACAGCUGCUACGCUAAACUCUGUUCGGAGUUUUUUGGCUUCACAUCAUAUGUUAGCCGAUGAGGACUGGAUAACGGGAUGUGUAAACUAUUUUAUGGAAGACAGUGGAUGCACAGACAUUAUAGAGAUACAGAACCAGGCAAAGGAGCAAUGGUUGUUAAACAAUUUGCAAGAGAUUUGCCCCGGAUCACUCCCCGCUAACCUCAGCUCUGUGCAGAAGACUUGCCUGACAAGACGAUUUGUAUUGCAAAUUAAUGCUGUCUGUGAUAUUGGUACACCUGCAUACCAACAGUAUUUGAAAAUUCAAAAAGUCAAUAUGGAGAAUGUCGAAGCCACAACAAAGUUUGAUGAGAAAGUACCAAGUCACAGGAUGAUUAAGUUGUAUAUGACAGAUGGCAUGCAGGACGUCACCGGCAUUGAGUACCGACCAAUGAGGAACCUGAGCCUUGAUAUUACACCUGGUUGCAAAAUCUUGAUAAAAGGGCCAGUAGAAUGUCGUCGCGGGAUGCUUCUGCUAACUGAGAGCUGUAUAGAACUGCUGGGUGGUGAAGUGAAUGACCUGAGCACUAAUACGCAACGAUACCUCCUAUCUGCCAAGUUGGGCUUGCCUAUGACUGAAGAAACGAACUUAGAUUCAACGUUUAGUCAUCCCAGAAACACAAACAUACCAUCACCACACACUGAAAUGCCCUCGUCAAACAUUGAACCAGUAUUGGAGCCAAGAUUUGAUCAAACAGAUCAAAUGAAUGGCAUACAAGCAUCAAACUUUGCUGAUGACGACAUCGAUGUGGACGAACUGAGUGCUAUCGAAGCCGAGUACAGUGAUAGUCGUGUGAGACGUCCAUUAGAUGACAGUACACAUCAACCAGAGAAGAAAAUGAAAAUAGACCUUACGACUAAUACAAAUACGGUUGAUAAUUCAAAUCGAAACCCUACAACAAAUACUGCAGAUGAUUAUCCAGACGACGCUGACAUGUGUUUUGAAGACGAAGACUAUUUAAGAGAAAUGGAAGCCCAGUUUGACGCAAAGGAAAAUGUAUUCAAUUCCGACAGUCCUAAAACACCAAUUCGCGUGGCAUCCGAACCGUAUGUUUAUAUAAAGCAAAUUCUGGAUAUGAAUGAAGAAAGUAGAGCUGGAAGGGUUUUCAAAGUCAAAGGGCAGAUUUUGAAGUUGUUGUCUAAGUUGUUAGUUAAUAAAGAGGCUUGGACGUUAAAGUGUACAAUAGUUGAUGGGACGGGGUGUUUGGAUGUUGACUUCACCAGUGAUGUGUUGUCCAAAUUGGUGGGUUUCACCCCCCCGGAGAUGGUGAAGCUGAGGAAGGAAAUCAGUGGCAAACCAGAGAUUAAAGCGAAAGUUGAAUUGGCUCUACAAAGAGCUAAAAACAAACUAGAAGUCCUGUAUUGCAUUAUAGAGCUCACAAUGUUGGAGACGCCCAAAAUAACUAAACUCACGCCAUUCGAAGACUUCCACGCUGAGAUACUGAAGGAUAGACUGCAGGCCAGUGGCUUAUAGCACACUUACGAGGUCCUGGGUUCAAAGUAUUUUUUAAAUUGAACUAAAGCAUUUUUUGAAAACAGGUUAUUUAAUCGGCCCAGGUCUGGCUGGCGGGAGGCUUUGGUCGUGGCUAGUUACCGGCAAAGACCAAGCGAUUUAGCGUUCCGGUACGAUGUGUAAAAGUCGAAAAGGGGUGUGGAUUUUCAUCCUUCUCCUAAAAAGUUAGCCCGCUCCAUUUUAGAUUGCACCAUCACUUAUUAUUAGGUGAGGUUGUAGUGAAGGGCUAACUUGCAAAGAAUAAAAAAAAAGUUCUGUUAUUUUCUAUAAUACCUACUGAAAUUAUAGAAAAAACUUUAAAAAAGAAACAGUUUAACUUCGUUACAUGAAUAAGCUUAUGAUUAAGAACUCCUGAUUUGUUGGAAGCUCGUCAGUUUCACUAGACUCGUAUAUCUAUUUCAGUAAUUUCAUAAUUUGGGUCUGCUUUGUGUGGUGCUACAGCUUGGCAAGUUAUUUGAUGACACUCCCAUGAAAUGCGGGCGACGGGGAGGGAAGGACUGCGCGGGUGUGAAGUCGUGCGCGCGGGGCAGAGGGUGCAUCAGUAGUGGGUUUAUCUGUCAUUGCUACCCGCCUCUUGGCCCCCGCGGUCCAUCAGGAGUGUUAUGAACGAAUUUUCCAAGCUUAACAAGCCACUACGCCUAAAACGCGUACUACUACGCAGUUUAGUGUUUCGGUACGAUUUUUUUUAUUGUUUACAUUACAUUGCCCUUGACUACAAUCUCACCUGAUGGUAAGUAAUGAUGAAUUGUUAGGAGGAGGAUGAAAAUCCACACCCCUUUCGGUUUCUACACGACACCGUACCGGAACGCUAAAUCGCUUGGCGGUACGUCUUUGCUGGUGCCCCGUAGUAACCAGUUUAAGGGUUAUCUGUGCCUUAUUAUGUUGAUUAUCACUGCCAUUUUAGACUGAAUCGUUCUUUAGAGGCUUACUUUUAAUAAAAUUAACAAAGCUCAAAAAUUUCCAUUGUCAUAUUUCUUCUCAUUUUUAAAUAGAUUAAGUGCUGUUUAUAAAAAUAUGAUUAUUUAAAUUUAUGUUAGAAUGUUGAUUUUCGUUAAAAAGUGACUGUGUAAGUGUUAAUUGUAAAUAAGUAAUUAAUUAUUAUAUUUUUAUGAUGAAUUAUUAAAAAGUUGAAACGA